AUGGCGAUGACGCUGACGGUGCGGCGCCGUGCGGUGUGCGCCCUGGCGCUCCUCGCGCUGCUCUGCGCCUGCUGCUGCCCCCCCGCGUGCGUCGCGGCGGCCGAGAAGGAGGUGGAUGUGCCGGUGGAAGUCUCGUGUGCGGACGCUGCCAGAAAGGUAAGUUGGCGUGUCCCCGGCGAGAGCGCCUGGCAGAAGUGCGCCAUCACUGUGGAUGAGUCUUUCACUAUGAGUGGAGCCAUUUACGACGAGAAUGACUCCCUCUGCGCCUGGGCCGGGACUCAGUACGACUCCGCCACGUUGCCCAGCGGUCGCUGCUCUGCAGCCGCGGCGCAAGAAUUGCUUGCCUUCACGUUGCACUGCAAGACGAAGGAGAGCAGUGGGGUGUACAGGCGGUGGCUGUUUGUGAACAAAUCCCCGGGCGCGCCGGCGACGGACCCGAGCGGCGACACCCUUGGCGUUUUACACAGCUGCAACGCACGUGCGCCGGGCGGAGGCGCGCCCGAAGAGAAGCCGGAAUCACCUCCCACGGAGGUCGAGCCACCAGCGGGCCCCGGCGAGAAGCCAAACGGCGGCAACGCUGAGGAAGGCGAAAAAAAUAACACGGCCGGCGGUGACGUCGCCACGGUGUGCAUGCGCACCGCUUCGCUGCUGCUGCUCGUGGCGGCCCUCGCCGCCCACGGCGCGUGGUGA